AUGAUCUCCUUUCGAAGAUGCGUGAUCCUCGCAGUCUCCCUUCUCUCGUUCACAUUCAUCCUCCACCUGUCCACCGGUAGCAAUGCUCACCAGCAACCGAAACCAAGCGAUCUCUUGGAAAAAGAGCCGUCAGGUUUGGAUAAGUCACGCGAACGCCAACUCUUCCAGAUUCCACUCGAGGAUCUAGCUCAAAAACCCCUCCGAGAGCGAUUACGAUAUCAGUUCCCUUACGAUUUACAGUCAAAGUUCCCAGCAUAUAUCUGGCAGACAUGGAAAUACGCACCGUCGUCGGGGCAUUUUGGAGAGGAGUUGCGCCCGUUCGAAGCUAGCUGGACUGAAGCACAUCCGGGGUUCGUCCACCAGGUCGUCACAGAUGCUGGGAUGAUAUACGUCAUAAAAUACCUAUAUGCCGCAUUCCCAGAAAUAAUAGAAGCCUUUGAAUCGAUGCCACUUCCUGUGUUGAAGGCAGAUUUUUUUCGAUACCUUAUCCUUUUAGCCCGUGGUGGGAUAUACACCGACAUUGAUACCUGGGCGCUGAAAUCAGCAAUUGAGUGGGUACCCAAGUCAGUUGACAGGUCUUCGAUAGGCCUUGUCAUCGGUAUUGAAGCGGAUCCAGAUAGGGAAGACUGGCAAGAUUGGUAUUCGCGCCGUAUUCAAUUCUGCCAGUGGACGAUUCAGUCAAAACCAGGGCAUCCCAUACUCCGAGACGUCGUGGCAAACAUUACAGAAGAAGCCUUGCGGAUGAAAAGUCAUGGAAGACUCAAAAAGGCCAAAAUGGAUAAAACCAUUGUGGAAUUCACCGGACCGGCGGUAUGGACAGAUGCUGUCUUUCGCUACUUGAACAAUCCGGCGUACUUUGACGUGGGAAACGAUAUCCAUCUCACCAGAGAGAUUGACUAUAGAUAUUUCGUGGGGAUUGUCGCCCAAAAGGUUGUUGGGGACGUUAUUGUAUUGCCAAUCACCAGCUUUAGUCCUGGUGUACAACAAAUGGGCGCCCAGGAGCCCGAGCACCCAAUGGCCUUUGUCAAGCAUGAAUUCCAAGUCCGCGCCUCUGAAGAAUUCAUCUUCCGAGACAGCGAUCGCCUUUCUGAGAGGUAUCCGCUCAUCCCAUCAUCUUUCUGCAUCGAUCUCUCCGGGGAAUCCAUGUUGUCUACCUUUAGGGAGUUUUACUUUGUAUUUCCAUUCUUCCCGGCGCAAAGGAAAGGCAAAAACUGGUCAACAUUCAAGGAGUUCUAG